AUGGAGGAUGAGCAGUUGAAGCAGCAGCUCGCAGACAAGGAGCGUAAGUCCAGGUACAGGGACUUCUUGAAGGAGCAAAUACAGGAGCACGUUCGAGCCAAGGAGAGAGACCAGGAAGAGAAAGCAAAAGCGCGGGUCCGGGCGGACAAGGACCAAGAGUUUUUGAAGAUCGAGGCCUCAGUCGCCGCGCAACGAAAGCAAGAGCAGAUGAUUCGCUUGAAGGACGACAUCAUGAGCCAGGUCGCUACCUCUCGAAGCAGGAAGCAGGAAGAAGUGACCUCCGACGUGUCUCGCGCCCGCGAGGAGAACGAGAAGGCACUCCGCUCGCUAGAAGAGGAGAAGCAGCUAGUGCUCAAGAAGAAGGAGGCUCGGCGCCAGAUCGACCAAAAGCAGGCCGACCUCUGGGCUACCGAAAGGCAUCUGCAGCAGGAGCAGAAGCAGGCAGACCUCAAGAGGAGAACAGAGGAGAAGAGGAGGAAGGAGGAAGAGACAGAGUCGGCCAGAAGGGAGAAAGCUGAUCUCAAAGAGCGAGCUGCUGCAGAACGAGCGGUGUUCUUCGAGAAGCUGCACCAGCAGCAAAUCAAG